AUGGGCAAAUUCCAGGAGUUCCAGGCCAAAUCCAUGCACUCUGUUUCCCACUGCAAUGGCCCCAUGGGCAACAAAACCCAGCAGCAUCCUGCAUCCCAAGCCUUCUAUGCUGAGGCCAUUGACCAUGAUACAAAGGAGGAGGUUUCAGAGAAGCCAAAGUCUGCUCCGACUGCAGAGAAAUAUGGCUGGAUUAAGAAAAGCAGUGGGGGGCUCCUGGGAUUGUGGAAGGAUCGUUACAUCCAGCUACGGAAAACACAGCUCGUGGUCUAUGAGGAUGAGGAUGAACAGAAGUGCAUAGAAACAGUGGAACUGGAGAGUUAUGACAAGUGCCAGGAGCUGCGUGCGCUACUCAAAAAGAAAAACCGUUUCAUUUUAAUCCGCUCCCCGGGUAAGAAGGUUCAUGAUAUCAAAUUUCAAGCUCCAACUUUGGAAGAGAAGGAAUCGUGGAUAAAAGCUCUUAAUGAAGGGAUCAAUAGAGGCAAAAACAAAGUAUUUGAUGAGGUGAAAGUAGACGAGAGCCUUUCCUUGGACCAUGUAACUCGGGACAGAGUGAAAAUGACCCACGGACGCAGGCCACCCACGAGAAAUCACCUAAAGGAGGCUGCUAAACUGACAUCAGAUGGAAUCCUGCGACUAGACCUGGAUAUAGUAGACAACAGACCACCAAACUUGGAUUCCACCAUGAGUGAAAUUGACAAUGCACCGCCUGAGAAAGAAACUCCAAAGCCACCUAUGCCACCUGCAAAACCCACCAGCACAAAAGAAAACCAAGAUGCAGAGAACGACGUUCCUGACCAGGAACAUAAAAAACCUCUGUCUCCUCCGUUGCCCCCAGAUAAGAAGCUUAAGGAAGGCCUGGCAUUGAAGGACAAUGUAAAUGCCAAGGAAGAGGACUCUGUAAGCCCAGAGGAGAAUGUGGAAGGAUCCCAAGCACCAAGUGAGGAGAACAGAGAGAACCAUACUGAGGUCAGCAACAGGGGCAUGGCAAAAGCUCCAAUUCCUCUUCCCAAGAGCAUGCCAGACAAGCUAAAAGUAGCCUGGGACCAAUCAAUCCCUGAGCCUAAAAACACAGAAGACUUGAAAUCAUCAGGAGAGAGUAGCAAAGACGACUUUGCUGAGAUUGCUGCUGCAGAUGUUACAAAGCCUCUGGUUCCUCCUAAGGUUCUGUCAGAAAAAAUGCUAGCCACAAUGCAGUCCAGCCAUGGAGAUCUAGAAGCUGGGGAUAGAGAAGGCCUGGAGUCCAGCAGCUCCAAGCCCCCGGUGAACGGGAUCACAGCCAGCGAGGCAGCUGAGUCCACAUCCCCAGUGGUUGAAACUGAAGAAGGAAACGGGACAACCUCUGCUGAGAAGGAACAGCAAACUUCAGCAGAAGAAACAGAGUCUUCCUUACCUACAGAAACAGGCCAUGAGAGUGUAAAAGCAACUGUUGAGAAGAACGAGUCUGUAGAAAACACUGCAGGUCUCAGACUUCGCAGUUCUUCUCUGGGAGACCUGCUGUCUGAUUCCAAAAAUACAAAGAGAGCACUUCCAGGCCAAGGUUUUCCCAAGGAUCCCCAUCACUGCUUAGCUAGAAUGGAGGAGAAAGUUGCUAAUGAAAGGGAAAAGGCAGAAAAACUUCUGCAGAAGGUUUUACGUGAAGGGAUGGAGCAGGCCCAGGAGGGGAAUGGACCCCCAGUGAUGGCAGAGACAUUGCUCAAUGAGGCAGUAGAACAACUCCGGCAAGCUACACAAGUUUUGCAAGAAAUCAAAGGUCUUGGAGAACUGAAAAAAGAAGCAACACAGAAACAGAAAGAAAAGCAAAAGGAUCUAGUGACUCUUUAUAGGAGAAGUGCUCCCUGA